AUGGCUGCGAAGAACAUUUUUUCUAAGCAUCUACCCAACGUAAAGCUGGCUACACGUUUCGAUGCCGAAGGAAAUGAAAUUCAGGUCGAGAAACGUGAAGAUGAAGAGCAAAAACGUAAGGAACAGGAUAUCAUCGACACACUGGUCGGAGCCGGGUACUACCGGGCGCACAUACAAGGACUCUCGUCAUUCGACAAGAUAGUCGGCGGCAUGACCUGGUGCAUCGAAGCCUGUGACUAUGACGUCAAUGUGGAUCUACUAUUUCACGAGAAUCUUACCAUAGGCCAGAAAAUUGCUCUAACGGAAAAAAUUGUCGGUGUUUUACCGCGGAUGAAGUGUCCGUUUUUGAUCGAACCGCACCAGAUACAGGGGCUGGACUUUAUCAACAUAUUCCCCGUGGUGCAGUGGUUGGUGAAGCGGUCGGUUGAAAAUCGGAGUAAAAAGGCGGAUACACUGCGAAAGCUUGCAGCUACUCAAUUUCAAAACCAUUUUACCCUCGAAUCUGAUAAGGAACUCCAGCGGUUGCGCGUCAAACAGUUGGCGCAUUUACAAGCUAUUGAAGCGAAGUAUCUUCCCAAGCGACACUUCAAACUCCGCAAGGCCGCUGGUGGCGGUUGGAUACCGGUUCGCCCCAAAGAUGCACCGGAACAGGAAUUAGCGGACGAUAUGCUAACAGCAACCGAUACUGAUAGCGCAGAUAUCGAGCAGGAAGAAGAGGAGGAAGAGACCGUUCCUUUGUCUACAGAACGGGAGCUUGAUUUUGAUGUUUUGUUCAAGAUUGCAGCAAAAGAGCACAAUAUUGCCUUAGAACUAUCCGAUGUGGAUCAUACGGCUUUAACGAAACGAUACGAUGAGAUUACGCAGAAACUCUCACCAGAAUCGGUGGAACACGUGGCUGAGCGAAAUCGCAUUAAAACGCAACUGGCUUUGAAACUAGCGUUAGAAAAGAAGCUAGAACAAGCUCGAAGUGAAUGUGAACUGCUGCAAAAUACGGUUUUAGAAGAAGAGGGGCUUUUGCAAGAGGGCAACAACCGAAAAGAAACGCUGGAAGAGGAAAUACGCAAUCUCGACAAUUUGGAGAUUAGCGAAAGUAAUCAAAAGAUAUUAGACCAUGUCAAAGAAUUGGUGUUGAAAAACGAACGCAUGAAGAAAGAAGAGUCGCAGUUUAAAGAAAAUUGCAAGAAAGAGUUGGCGGAACUACAACAGAGAGUUGAGAAAGCAGAAUCAUCUACCCCUGACGAAGACAUGCUGGAGCUACAAAGGCAAUUAGACAUGGAACAAGAACGUUUAAAAUCACUCCGUUUGCAGUUGGCGAAGAAGAACCGAGCUUACAUAUCGAUCAGACGUCAAUUGGACAAUAUUCCCGACCGCACGGAGUUGGCUCAGUAUCAGAGAAGAUUUCUUGAGCUUUAUAACCAAGUUAGUGCAAAGCAUCGGGAAACGAAACAAUUCUACACUCUGUACAACACGCUGGAUGACACUAAGUUGUAUCUGGAAAAGGAAAUGUCGCUGUUGAAUUCCAUCUACGACAAUUAUGCAAACGCGAUGCAAUCUCCACAUUCCCGCGAACAGUUUGUGCAUCAGUUUGAAACAAUAGUCGAAGGUAUACGCUCUACGAAAGAUAAAUUGAAGAAAAAGUUUGACGAUGAAAAAGUCAAACGAGAUGGGCUGAAUUCACAGCUACUCUGUCUGGUCGAGCAACAGCGUAAGUACGCUGCCACAGUAAAACAGCUCACAAUGGAAUGCCAGCGUAACGAGGUUCUUAUGAAGCAUCUAAAAGCGCUGAAGGCUGCUCAAGCUGUAUCUAGCCAGCAACAAAGAGCGCCUGAAACGCAUUCAAAAUAAUGCGUUACAUUCCGCAAUUAUCCAAAUAUUUCAGGCUGAAUAUAUACUCUCACUACUUCCGUGU